AUGACGUGCACGGCAAUUCUGAGAAUUCGCCCUACAUGCGUAUUCGCCGAAGAGAGCGAAGAAGCACUGAGAAAAUGCCGAGAAAACGAGAUUCUCCGGGAAAAGAAUCUCAACACCGAGGAUGCGAAGAAGAGGGCUCGCUCCAGACCGGAAGUCAAAAUGGAGAGGCAAGCCACGAAAAGGUCCCUGUCGAAGUCGAACCUCGACAGAUGUCUCGGCGAUGAUGACGGUGGAGAAAGCAAACCAACAAAUGGAGUCCGAUCGACGAUCGCAUCGGAGCCGAAGAAGCCCAAGACUGCCUCGUCUAAGAAGUCUGCCAUCAAGCUUAGCUCCGCUCUGGCCGCCAAGUUUAAGAAUCUCCCUGCCAUCCGGGAUGGAUUGACCAGUGUCGGACUACUAGUAGAGCAACUUGCAAGGGAGCAUCCAGAAAUCAAGAUCGGAAACAUAGAUGAUCUAACCUAUCAAAUCGAAUUCAUAAGCCGAUACCGAGAAACCCGUGGAAAAUUAGAGUUUCUAGUCCGCUGGAAGGGCUGGUCGGCGGAGUCGGACACUUGGGAACCGGAGGGCAACAUAUUGGAGGAUGCUUCGCCGGGAAUGUGUCUUCAUCUGUCCGAGCUUUUCAUCGGCAGGAACAACCAAAGAGCUUUCGGCUAUUUCAAAGAAUACGCUCAACGAGCUCUACUGGGCACAAAAAUCCCCGAUUACUUCGUGCUUUCGAAAUUGGCGGACGAGACCUUGCAACUGAGCGGGGAUCGCACUUUGCUCCCGACAGUCAAGGAGACCGAGCGAAUGCAGAAGAAUAUCAGAGCUCUUCUGAAACAAAAUGACGUCAAAUCUCUCCUGAAAAACUUCAAGGGCAAACUCAGCUCUCUAAUUAAGUUCGUCAGAGCACGCACCGAAACACUGGACGACAAUGAGAGAUGGUCCGGAAUUAUCGCCGAAAUGGAGCCCGCGGCAGACAUCGAUAUCGAAAACCUAGUCGACUGUGAGAAGUUACCUUCUGAAUUCGUGUAUGUAACGGAUUACGUUGUGUCGAAAAAAGUCAAAGUGAUCCCUCCGACGAAGUUCUGCGAUUGCAAGGACAGAACCUGCUUCGAAGAAGGCUGCUGUGGCAUGUACCAGAACGGCGCGGGUCAAAGCUAUCGAGGUUACAGCUCGUCGCAACAUUUGAAGCGAUCCUGCACGAGUGUCGCCCUGUAUGAAUGCAACAGCAAAUGCUCGUGUGGCCCGAGUUGCGAGAACCGUCUCAUACAGAAAGGAGUCACGAAUGAAUUGACAAUUUUCAAAACACUCACACGAGGAUGGGGCGUGAGGACGAGAACUCGUAUAAACAAAGGAGCCUUCUUGGGAGAAUACCUGGGUGAAUUGAUGACUUCAAAAGAAGCUGUCCCUCGUCACGCGGUCAACUUUGCCUACCUCUUCGAUCUGGAACCGUUCGAGGGACAAGCGAGUGAGAACACGGUCGACGCGGCCAAAUAUGGAAACGUCACCAGAUUCUACAAUCACAGCUGUCGGCCUAACAUGGCCAUCAGCUACGCUUACAUCGAGAACCAUAAUCCAGCCGCCCCGCGAUUGGCUUUCUUUGCAAAAAGAGACAUCAUGAAGGAUGAAGAGCUGACCUUCAAUUACAGAAUGCGUCAUGACGUCCGUAUGGAGAUGGGUAUAUACGUGUGUCCUCAUUGUCUCACCGAUAUCCCCGGCUCGAAAUUGAAGCGUAAGAACGACGGAAUCUUCGACGGACGCUUGCUGAGCCCUUCCCCUUCAUCAGCGAAGAGACGCCGCCUCAAAAUCGAUGGAAUCGACUUCUCCCCGGAAUCAGGAACGGAUUCGAUCGAACACCAUAUAGCGGAUGAUUUCAAGGACUUCGGGAGGAACGAGAUACUCUCUCCGCCGCCUUCACCGAUCCAGUUUUCUAAACCCCCACACAAGUUGCUGAACAAGUUCAAGACACUCCCGACCAUAAAAGGAUUUGCGAAAAUCGGAGAGCUCGUCGAGAGAUUCAAGAACAUCUACCCGAAAGCGGAAAUAACCAACAUCUAUGACUUGAGCUAUGUCGUGGAUACCGUACGCGACUGUAGAUGUAAAGGCAAGACCUACGAAUUCCUUGUUCGGUGGGAUGGAUGGUCCAGCCAAUCCGACACCUGGGAGGACGAGGAAACCAUUCGUCAGGGAGCCACGCCGGCCCUGAGUUUGCAUCUCUGCGAAUUUUUCCUCAAUGGAACAACCAAGAAGGCUUCGGAAUAUUUUCGGGACUAUGUCGAGAAAGCUCUCCUGGUCCCAGGGCAGGCGGAUUAUUUCGUCCUGUGCAAGCUCGCGGAUGAAGAGCUCUCGGUUCGCCACGACCGCUUCCUCCUGCCCUCGUUGGAAGACAUUCAUCGAAUGCAAACGAAAGUCAGAGAUCUCCUGGAAGGGGGAGAUUUUCAGCGUCUCCUGAAAAAUUUCGGCGGGAAACUCAAGACUUUCAUCGCGAGCGUAACAGCGCGCUGGCAGAUCCUGGAACACUACCGGAAAUGGACCGAAAUAAUCGCGGAGAAAGAACCCAAAGCCGACAUCCGUAUUGAGAAUCUAGUCGACGACGAAAGGCUGCCGCCGAACUUCGAGUAUAUAAGGGAUUACAUCGUGUCGCCGAAAGUCAAAUGGAUCCCGCCGGGAAAAUUCUGCGAUUGUGAGAGCAAGAAGUGUCUCGAGGCGGGAUGUUGCGGCCGGCACGGGAUGUUGCGGCACAUGGGCGUGGGUUGCAGGGCCUACAAAGAUCAGAAAUUGACUCCGGAAUGCUCCAGCGUCGCUCUAUAUGAAUGCAACAGCAAGUGUUCCUGUGGCCCGAGCUGUGAAAACCGGCUCAUUCAGCGGGGGACUCAGCUGAAACUGACGAUAUUCAAGACAUGUAACCGAGGGUGGGGAGUCAAGGCUGCUCAGUUCAUUGGUAGGGGCACGUUCAUUGGAGAGUAUCUUGGCGAGCUCAUGACGUCCCGGGAAGCACUCGAUCGCCAUCCAGUGAACUACGCCUACCUAUUCGAUCUCAAGCCCCUCAGAGACAGGGAAAGCCAGAACGCGGUUGAUGGAGCCAAGUACGGGAACUUCACGAGAUUCUUCAACCACAGCUGCCAGCCGAACUUGAAAGUGAGUUACGCUUACAUCGAGAACCAUAAUAUCGCUGCGCCCCGAUUAGCCUUUUUCGCGAAGAAGAACAUACAGAUCGAUGAGGAGCUGACAUUCGAUUACCAGAUGACGACCUUCGACGGCGAUGGUGAUCUCCCGCGAAUGCCUUGCCAAUGCCAGACACAAAAGUGCAAGAAGUUCCUCUUUUGAAAAAGCGUUCAUCAUCGGCUCCUUUCGUUCAGAGGACGUACGUAGAUGACAGCCCUGUCGAACGUUUCCCCUCUAUGAGUCGGUGGUGGAAUUGUAGUUUCCGAACAUGACUUCACAUGAUUUGUCUCAGUUUUCGCUCGCGACGGAAAUGACAGCACACUCGCGAGCCAGCCAUUGAAGAUACAUUAAAAUCAGCGAAUCACCCGUCGGAAAAUCGGAGACAAACUCGAAAGUUCAGAUCUGAGAGUGAUUCAAUGGUUUCUUAGUUUGGCUGAUCUCGCCUCUAAGGUGUUUCGCAUCGCCUUGCUCGUUCUGGGGCAUUCUCACUGAGCAACACAAGCGCAGUCAUAAUCAAUAAGUAUUCGUAGACGAAUAAUGGUAAUGCCAUGCUAUUUAUGCGGAAUUCCCCCGUGGUAUAUUCGAUCAGGGUCCAUUUCGUUGCACCCAAGAAUCGAAGCCCGAGCGGCUCCGCUCGCCUCUCGGACUGUGAAAUAAUAGCAUGACACGGUAAUUUCUCGGUCAUGGUCUUCCCGAGAUACUGUGAAGAUCAAUGCUGUGAAAAAUCAUUGAG